GUUGAACAGUGUGCGUUCUCGAAUCCCAUGGCAACAGCAACUGCGACGACACCCGUCAAGUACCGCUUGGUCGAAGCCGAAGAAGUCGACGGUGGCAACGUGCAGCAACAACAGCAGCAAGUCAGCAACGACCCACAGGCCAGCUCGUUCAAGAAGAACAAGGCCUUCAACAACGAGGCCAAGACGAAUGGUGCUGGUCCCCGUCGUGGCGGUGGUGCCGGUGGACGCUGGAAGGGCAAUGGCGGACGCGGCGGUGGCCGCGGGCGUAACUUCGAUUCGACCCAAGGCUCGUACAUAAAUGGGGUGUUUAUCCCGACCAACGACGUGACCGUCACGGCCGAGUAUGCCAAGGCUCAAAUUGAAUUCUUCUUGUCGCCGGACAAUCUCGUCCGUGAUACUUUCCUACGCCAGCACAUGGACGUGGACGGGUAUGUGCCAGUGGCCUUCGUGGGCAGCUUCCAAUCGGUGUACUCGAUGCACCAAGACUACCCAUCGCUUCUGGCGGCCAUGAAGACGUCGACUGUGUUGGAGUUCGACGAGAAGAACGAGAAGGUGCGACCUGCGGACUGGAAGAAGUGGCUCUGGCCCACGGCCGAUGGCCAAUACGGCGUGCCGCGGUACAUCAAAGUGACCGACGAUGCGUCGGCCUAAUUGCCUCUUUACCAUUUUCGAUCUCUUUUUGUGUCAAUUAAAAAUAUUAUUUUGCAUGUUCUACGAUUGGUCAUGGUGGCGUUGGCGGCGCGCACCAAACCGAUUCCCGCGAGUUCGGCCGGCAUUGAGUUGAGCCAACUGAGCGAUCGCUUGGCUGUGCGUCCCAUAGAAGGGAACCCCGUGAAGGGUCUCCUUUGUUUGCGCCACGUUGCGCUGAACUUUGUAAAACUCAUACCAUGAUUCGUCCCCUGCCUCCUCUGGAACGGAUACAACGACUUCCUGCAAUACUGGAGAAGGCUUGGGGAUGCCGUCGAAGAUGGCCAAAGUUCUUUGGAUACCAGCGUUGAGAAAGUCCAGCUGUCGAGCCACGACGGAUUCGAACGCUGCCAACAGAAUCUCCUCCGUCGACGUCUGGCCCUCCAAGUCGCUAAUGGCUUGUGCAACUGCCUCCAGUGUAGACAAGCAUCCAUCCAUUGGUUCUUUUCGAAGCGCGCCGUACAAACUUGUCGCUGUCGAUUGCACAACGACGCGAGGCAGCGACUGUAGCACUGGAUCAUUGUGAACAAUUUUCUUGGCCUCCUUCCAUGUACCAUCCACGACAACGAGCGUGAGGUUUGGACGCCAGUUGGCCGUGGAAAGCACCGUGGCAGUAGGUCCUGGGAACAACAGCAGCACCACCUCGUCAGAAUCAUGUGUCAACUUGGUAGAUGUUGCCACUUCGAGCGUGAAGUUCUCGAUGGAGUGUUGGAGGAGGGGCACGCUGGACAGAGCUUUGCGCUUGGCUUCGUUUGGAUGCUGAAUGCAGUGGACAUUGAAUCGAGUCUUGAGCUUCGGCAAUGGAAUAACGCCGCAGAAGCACACGCAUGGAGGUCGGCCACAGACGUCGCAGGUUUGCCGCGCCUUCCCCAUCAUGGGAUGCCGAUUC